CCCCCCCCCCCAGCAAAACUAGUCUACAUUUAAGGCUAUUGUUUAUUUGUGUAUUUCACACUAUGUUGAGAAAAAAGUGCUUUGACUACCACCUCUGAUGUCUGUAUGCUAGCUAUGUGUGUGUGCCAAUCCAGCGUCCUUCUAUCCCCAGCAGUCUUCAUUCCAUUGACCUCUUUACCCUUCUAUCCCCAUUACCUCCCCGAUCUCUUUCCAGGAGUUCAAACUCAUUUUUUGUGUCUUAGAAAUCCCUAGACGAGGUAUCAUAAAGAUGUUUUUUAUUUGUGAACUUGUUCUGAUAGCCUGUCGUCAAAAUUCUACAUUUUUUGUUGUCAAGGAAGUUGUCAAAGAAGUUAAUUUGUGUUUAUACAGGAUGUACCGCCCCACUUACCGUCAACCAAUCAUGUCAAUCUGGAGCUAUACGGAUCCCUUCGCAUUGUUACAAAAUUUGGGAGGCGCACGGUAUCGCCAUACGGAGCUCGAUUUGCCCUCCUCGAGCCUCCAGAGGCACUGCAAUUGAGUCAAACUCUCCAUAUUGAGACUCAUGCCAGAUCAAGCUUAAAUUGGCUUUAAGGCUGAAACAAGGCUUGAAACCAAUUUAUGCUUGCUCCAGCAAUAUGAGCUGGAGGCCCCUUAUGGAGGGUGUGACGCAAUGGCGGAGGCUCCGGAGGCACGAGGAGGCUAAAUCGAUCUCCGUGCUCCUCCCAAAUGUUUUGACGGAAGGUGAGGGCUGGAGGUCCUGCAUAAACACAAACUCACUUCCUUGACAACUUCCUUCACAACAGCUCUACUCUGCUCCACGAAGUGAUGUAUGGCCACUGCAGAUGUCGGCUUGACCAUGCAGAGCCUUUUAGUUGUAUGUACAUGCUUGUGUUUAGGCAGAGUCAGAUUUUUUGGAGCUAAGUGCACUUUUUGGUUAGGCUACAGAUGGAUUAAUACUUAAUUGUUCAAUUUUUAUAGAAAAUAUUGAUUACUUUUUACUAACUUGCUGUAGUUUAUCUUUUCUACAAUUACUAAUAACAAAAUAUCUGAAUUACAGAUUUGUAAUUUUAACCCCCCCCCCCCCCCAAAAAAAAAAAUCCGAAAUAUUUUGUGGUCAUAUAUUUUACCAGACAUUGUAAAUAAUGAUACGCUAAACAAGCCACAACUUAGUGUAUAUUGGAGAAUUCAAUAACGGGGGAUGUCUUUGUAAAACCCAUACCUUUCUGGUAUGUACAGUUAUGUUGAUGAGUGUCACCUAUGUCAUCUACAGGAAAUGUAAAACAUAAAAGUAUUUCUUAUUUUUUCCCUACAUUUUUUUUUCUCAGAAAAGACAUCCGGUAUGUAUUAUUCGAGGAGUUAAUGGUCAUAAUGAUGAUGAUGAUGAUGAUGAACACCCGCGCAAUUUCUUGAAUAGCUGAACAAUUCCGCUAGGGGGAACACGUACUUGUGAAUAGAGACUGGAAUAGGGAGGGGGAAUCCCGAGCGCCAUACAACAGCUCCCACAACACUGGCACUUCAGCCAGGGCACUGCUUUUAACAGAACUGCGCGAAUUUAGGUAAGACAAUCACAAAGAUUUUUGCGCACUGGGACACUUUUCUAAACUGUCUAACACCUGUUACUCAAACCAAUUGCACAGUCAGUGAUUUAUAAAGUGAUUCUCGUUUCGGCAUUGUUUUAUCGUUCAAGAACAUCACGUUUGAUCCGCUAGUAAAGGUAGUGGUGUUUUAUUAUCCGCUGGUAAAACUGCGUAGAGGAUUAUCCAUGCAUAUCAUAUAUCCUUUGUCUUUAAUUACAAUGGUACAAACAGAGGUUGAUAAAGUACUUGUGAAGGAUACACAUUUUUGAUAUUGGUUAAUAAUUACAAAGGGUCUCCCGUGCGGUCUAAGGCACUGCAUCUCCGUUUUUAAGGCGUCUGCACGGACACCUUGGUUCGAAUCCAGGCUGUAUCACAACCGGCCGUGAUUGGGAGUGCCAUAGGGCUUGGUACAAUUGGCCCAGCGUCGUUCGGGUUUGGCCGGGGUAGGCCAUCAUUGUAAAAAAUAUUUUGUUCUCAACUGAUUUGCCUAGUUAAAUAAAGGUUAAAUGUGAAAAAUAAAAAAUAAAAAUUAGAGAACUGGGCAAAAACUGGAUGAAUCAAAGUUGUUUCCACGUCACCCAAAAAAAAAAAUCAAAGUGGUGAUGUUGAAUCAAUGUGGAAAACUUCGUGGAUUUGCAAAAAGCUGUGAACCUCUUCAGUUCUGAGGGAGGUCCUCUGUUCAUUUCAAGACUAGUGUGGACCCAGCAAACACACAACGUUGUCUUAACGUUGUCUCUAAGUUGACUCUCUAUAAAUGGAGUCUCACAGACAUGGAGUGAGUGGCUCUUCUCCAGACUUCAGUAGAGUACAACAGGGCUACAACAUGCAGCAGCCUAGGCCUGGUCCCAGAGGCAGCCCUCGACCUCACAGCGACAGCAGCAGCAUGUUCGGGGUUAGGGUACAAGUCCAGGGGAUUGAGGGUCUUCCUUACGUUGUAUUGAACGGGGAUAGUAGAGCAGCUCUGCCAUCUGGUGGCCUGGAGAGCUACAGCAGGAACUGGGACCACCAGGAAGUGUUUGUCAACGCCCACAGUCAGUCUACAGAGUACACCUUCAUGGUGAAUGAUGGGCGAUCUUCAUUCGGUAGUCCCAAUGUGGAGCGAUCUUCAUUCGGUAGUCCCAAUGUGGAGCGAUCUUCAUUCGGUAGUCCCAAUGUGGAGCGAUCUUCAUUCGGUAGUCCCAAUGUGGAGCGAUCUUCAUUCGGUAGUCCCAAUGUGGAGCGAUCUUCAUUCGGUAGUCCCAAUGUGGAGCGGUCUUCAUUCGGUAGUCCCAAUGUGGAGCGGUCUUCAUUCGGUAGUCCCAAUGUGGAGCGGUCUUCAUUCGGUAGUCCCAAUGUGGAGCGGUCUUCAUUCGGUAGUCCCAAUGUGGAGCGGUCUUCAUUCGGUAGUCCCAAUGUGGAGCGAUCUUCAUUCGGUAGUCCCAAUGUGGAGCGAUCUUCAUUCGGUAGUCCCAAUGUGGAGCGAUCUUCAUUCGGUAGUCCCAAUGUGGAGCGAUCUUCAUUCGGUAGUCCCAAUGUGGAGCGAUCUUCAUUCGGUAGUCCCAAUGUGGAGCGAUCUUCAUUCGGUAGUCCCAAUGUGGAGCGAUCUUCAUUCGGUAGUCCCAAUGUGGAGCGGUCUUCAUUCGGUAGUCCCAAUGUGGAGCGGUCUUCAUUCGGUAGUCCCAAUGUGGAGCGGUCUUCAUUCGGUAGUCCCAAUGUGGAGCGGUCUUCAUUCGGUAGUCCCAAUGUGGAGCGGUCUUCAUUCGGUAGUCCCAAUGUGGAGCGAUCUUCAUUCGGUAGUCCCAAUGUGGAGCGAUCUUCAUUCGGUAGUCCCAAUGUGGAGCGAUCUUCAUUCGGUAGUCCCAAUGUGGAGCGAUCUUCAUUCGGUAGUCCCAAUGUGGAGCGAUCUUCAUUCGGUAGUCCCAAUGUGGAGCGGUCUUCAUUCGGUAGUACCAAUGUUGAGCGCAGACUUCCCAACCACCAGAGGGAGUAUGCUCGUGGAGGUGCUCUGACUGAGGUUAUAGAGUCACAGAGGAUUCCGCUGGCGUCCGCUGCAUUCAUGUUCGACUUCCAGGAGUCACAUUUACAGCAGUCACAGAGGACCGUGCCGACAUCUAACACGGUGUUGAACUUCCAGAGACACCCAGAGCUGCUGAAACCCUACAACCCAGACAGGAACAGCCUCAGCCCCCUCCUAGUCUCCACCCGAAGACUCUCUGUUCCCCCCACUCAGACAGCCUCUAUACCUAGGCCGGGACAUCUCACCAGGGAUUUCCAGAGUGGGGCAGAGGCCACCCUGAUCCAGGCAGGAGGGUCUAGACCAGGAGAAACCAGGAUCCCUCUGCCUGCUGGGGGUGUAGAGAGGGCCCCCACCCCUGUCUCGGCCCCCACCCAGACCCAAUGCCCAGGCCCUGCCCCUGUCUCAGCCCCCACCCAGACCCAAUGCCCAGGCCCUGCCCCUGUCUCAGCCCCCACCCAGACCCCAUGCCCAGGCCCUGCCCCUGUCUCAGCCCCAGCGCUCCACCACUCUUCUUUGGCCACCUUACUAAGCCCCCCAAACGAGGUCACCAACAUCCCCAGAAGAUCCCCAAACUCAGUGGACACAGAGCCCAUCUCCUCCAUAGGUAGCCUGAUCAACCAGUUCGACAGCCCCCAACAGAUGGGCCGAGCUGGGCCUAGGAGAGGGAGGAUAGCCCCUGAGGACCGGAGGAGGUCACGUAGCGUGGACAGCAGACAACAGUGUCACUCAUACCCAUUGGACCCCUCCAGCCCUGCCUCGGUCAUCAGAGUGGCCAGGGGAGAGAGACCAUGCGGAUCCACCAGCGCCCCAGGGUCACCUAAGGUGAGAGGGGCCAACGGACCCUCCACUGUGAUGUUUAAUAAACUACAGUGGGGGGAGAAGGAGCCUAGCGGGAGGUCAUCCAGAGCAGUGAAUGUGCUGUACGGAGUGGAGAAGACCUCCAUGACCAGAUCCAGGUCUCUCAACCACACGGAGGAGGAGGAGAGAGACAUUCAGAUCAUCACUCCAGAUCUUUUGGAAGGUGAGAGGGGUCAGCUCGAGGUCUCAAUUGAACCACAACCAAAUGAAGACACCACCAAAAGGAUACUGUUCACUUACCUCAAUGAUGGGACUACUGAAAAAACCUCCAUCACUGAGACGAAGGUGAACCUGGUAUUUGACAGAGUCAACCAACUGAAGUGGAAGACUGCAGAGAACGUGGAGGAGGAGAUCAGGGACUAUGCUGCUAAGGCCAAGGAGGCCAAGGAACUUCAGAAGACAGGAGCAGAGCUGGAGAGAGAGGUGUCACAGCUGAAGACACAGCUGGAGCAUAAGACCAUGAGUGGUCGGAGUCUGGCGGAGGUGUGUUACAAGGCCCAGACAUACAUGAAGACCAUUCAGGAGGAACUGGACAGGAGACAGGAAGAACUCUCCACGCUACGGGAUAGGCUGGCUCAGAUGGAGGCGGAGCUUGAGGUCGCCAUAGAGGAGCUAGUCCAGGUGAAGACUGAGCGAGAGCAGGGCCGCACAGAGAUGAACGACCUUCAGCAGCAGCUGUCUGAGAUGCAUGAUGAGCUGGACCUGGCUAAGAACACAACACAGGCAGACAGCACAGAGAAACAGCUCCUUCUAAAGGACCUGGCCCAGGUGCGGUUGGACUUCCAGGAGCUCAUUCAGGUACAGGAGGAGCAGGAGGUGCUGCUACACUGGAGGGAGAGGGAGCUGACCGCCCUGAAGGGAGCGCUGAACGAGGAGGUGGAGAGUCAUGACAAGGAGCUGGGCAUUAUGAAGGAGGUGCGCGACAAGGAGGUGCAGAAGCUCCGAGAGGAAGUUGAGGAGGUGAAAGAGAGUAACACAGUGCUGAGCCAGGACAAGAGGGAGAUGGAGGAGGAGAGAGGGGAGGCACGGGGACAGGUGAUUCAGCUGAUGCAGGAGAGGGAGGAACUGAGGGGACAGGUGGAGGAGCUGGAAAGCAGGGUGGAGCAGCUUAACAUCGUCAUCAAGGACUCCAAAACCCUGCAGAGACAGCUGGUGAAAUGCAUAGAGCAACUCAAGAGGGAGAAACGGCAGGUUGAGGAGACUCUAGUGGAGGUGAGGGAGAAGGAAGAGGAGAUGUCCCAGGCAAACAAAGCCCUUCUCGUACGUCUGGAGAAUGUACAGAGCGAGAUGACCCAGCUGAACCACCAGCACAGGGAGGUGAAGGAGAGGCUGAAGGAGGAGAGGAGAAGAACAGAGGAGUUGAAGAGGAUAAAGAGUGAUCUGGACGAGGAGAGGAGACUGCAGAACAGCACUGUGGAGGAACUGCAGAAGGAGAUGAGUACUAUAGUAGAGGGCUGUGAGGCGUCCACUGAGAAGCUCCAGCUCCAGGUUGAUGAAGUCAGAGAGAAGAGCCACUCCGCUCUGUCUGAGCUCCAACAACAGCUGCAGGAAAAGGGAGUGGAGCUGGAGAAAUCCCGACAGACCGCCAGAAAACUGCAGGAAGAGCUGCUUCCCCUGGAGCAGGGUCUGGAGCGGGGUCGUAGAGAGUGGGAGGAGGCCCAGCAGAGAGGCAGACAGCUGGAGAGGAAGGUGGAGGAGCUGGAGGAGAGGAACGCACACGCCCACGAGGACCACGCCCGACAGGUCAAACUCAUGGAGGGUGAGGUGAGCCAUCUGGAAUGUGAUCUGAGUGAGGAGAGGAACAGUGCAGAUCUCCUGAUGGACAGAGUGGACCAUGGGAAACAACAGAUGGAGCUGAUAAGAGUUGAGCUGCUGCAGGAGAGUGCAGUCAAACAGGACCUGGAGUGUGACAAGAUCACUCUGGAGAGACAGAAUAAGGAGCUGAAGAGCAGGGUGUCUCAUCUAGAGGGCUCCCAGAGGUCCAACCAGGAUGUGGUGGUCUCCAGACUGGAGGGAAGGGUCCAGGAGCUCGAGGGGAGGCUGGCGGGAGAGGAGAGAGACAACAUCAACCUGCAACAAGCCAACAGGAAACUAGAGCGAAAAGUGAAGGAGAUGACGAUACAGGUGGACGAUGAGCACAUGUCUAUACAGAACCAGAAAGACCAGCUGAACCAGAGGCUGAAGACUGUGAAGAGACAGAUGGAUGGGGCUGAGCAGGAGAUAGAGCGACUGGAGAACUCGAAGAGGAAGUUACAGAGAGAUCUGGAUGAAUGGAUGGAGACCAAUGAGCAGGUCCUCAGCCAGCUCAACACCCUGCGCUCGGAGAUGAGCUGAGGUUGAAUGCAACAAUGUGUGGGCGCAAGCAGCAGAAAUCAGCACCGCUCCUGAUGAUCCUUAAGGGUGUGGAUGACAUCAACACUGACUGACUGACUGACUGACUGACUGACUGACUUUUAGUACUCCUUGGUGACAUGUUGUCAUGCACUGACGACAGCGUGGUGGGGAAAAAUACAAGCAGUCAAGUCACAUAUAUCCUGAUUCUCACAACGGGUCGGUAAAUCACUGAGGACAUGGGAAUGAAAAGCACUACAGAAGUUUCUCAUUAACGAUAUUUCACCUGUACAACUCAACUGUGGGCUCAACUGGUGAUUUCAUAACCCUUUGCUCUAGACUGACCUCUAGUGGUUAUUCUAAAACUACAGAGUUCCAUGCAGUUCCAGAAGAAAGAUCACUAAUAAAAAAGCCAUGUUUUUUGUUUUUUUGCUUUUCACCAGGGGCACAACUUUCACUGGGGUCGGGGGUACAUGUCCCCCCCACAUUCUGAAAUUACAUUUUUUUCCUCCCAGUUUUAUCAUUGGAAUGUGAUACAAAACGAGGCACCUGUGUGCUUUAGGACCAUGCAGACGCCUCCGAGCGGUCGGGGCAGGCUGUUUGGAGUGUUGAUCUGACUGAAAAAUAUAUAUAUGUAAAAAUUCCCCCCCCCCCACUUCUAAAACCAAAGUUGGGCCCCUGCUUUUCACUAUCAUAAAGCAGUCAAUAAACGUUAUUGUGUGCUCCAUAAUUUUGUAUUUGCAUAAUGUAUUUAACCUAUGAAUAAAUUA